AUGGUAGAGAUGACUUCAUCCAAGAUGAUCUCAAGUUCUUUCACUCUCUGUCUUGUCAAAGCGACACAAUCCUGCACCCAGCAAGCCUUCUCAUUAGCAGCUGUUAUUUACCAAACAGUAUCAUUUGUAUACUUUGACAUCACAUACACCAUACUGGGGGUUGAUGCCUGGACAAGAAAAAAGACACAAAACAGUAUUUGUAUAUUUAACGGAAUGGUGGUUGUUAACUUAAUCAAAAGACCCUCAGUUUCUAUGGGAGUUGAUGCUAAAAAAAAAAGUUUGAUGGAUAAGAAAAAAAAACACAAAACAACUUUUGUAUAUUUGACGGACCGGUGGUUGUUAACUUAG